GUGUUCUACCACUAAGCCACAUUCCCAGCCCUAAAAGAAUUUUUUUAAAGCUCAAUUGGUGCCCAAACCCACAGAGGAAGGUCGAUUCAGUGGUUUGAAGUUUUACAGGUCCAAAUCCUCAUUUUCUCGUAUACUGUCCUGGUUGGCUCCAUCCAGUGCUGGUUCUGCUCUUUGUUGUAUAUUGGCAGUGGGAGUGAUUGAGGCUCUUUGCUUCCUAGUGUUCUGAGGUAGAGAGCGGGUUGCUGGACCACCCAGAAGAGCAGGAAUGCUUUCAAAGAGGUUGCCCUUUCCUUGCUGGUGUUGGGUCUGGGUGGCUUUCCUUGUUCCUUGUGGAAUCAUAACUAGCAAUGGGAAUCCAUUACAUGUGACACCAACAAGUGCUGUCAGUGCUCAGCUUUGCAUAUCUACUCCUUGGAGCAGAUUUAAAAAUAAACAAAACUAUUCCAAAACUGUAGGUCUGGACUUGCAAGUAUUUCUGACUGACAAUUGAGUAAAAAUUAAACCUGUAAGAAAUUAAGUGAUUGAUGUGUGAACCUAUGAAGCCAUACUGCUCUUAGGCUAGCUAGCCUUUUGCUGUUGACUGGUCAAGCUAGCCACAAUGAUGUUGGGAUCUCCUUCCUGCCUUCCCUCAUGGCUCCUUCCCACAUAAUUCUCCCCCCCCCCCUUUUUUUUCGGUCCAUUUUAACUUAUUGCCUUUCUGUACCUUCCAAUGUAUUUCUCUGGAAAAAUACCUCUUAAAAACUUUUUUUUUUUGGUACCUGCUUUUGGGCUUAGGGCCCAGGUGCUGUCCUUGAGCUUUUAUGCUGAAGGCUAGCCCUCUACCACUUGAGCCACAGCUCCAUUUCUGGCUUUUUAGUGGUUAAUUGGAGAUAAGAGUCUCAUGGACUUUGCUCUCCUGGCUGGCUUUGAACUGUGAUCCUUGGAUCUCAGUCUCUUGGUGCCAGGCUGGAAGAAUUUCUCUUAGCACAACUUUGGGCUGACUAUACUUACUGUGAAAGCUCUGACCUGGGAUGUAGUUGUACCUGUGUCUUUUGUAAGGAGUCAGCUGUUCAGGCUGCCCUUGUAUUGCUUAGGUCAAUCAGGUGUCCUUUGACUUCUAGGUGAGGGCUGUUAGAGGCAGGAGCUUGGUGACUUGCCUUCUUGCUCCUCAUGGAGGACAGAGGCCCGCCCACCUUUGAUGAGGACCAGAGAAUCCUGUCUAGGAGCCUCCAUCUGCUGGAGAGCCCAGCUGCACAAGCCACCGCCGAGCCCAGCAAGCCCCUGUCCUCGGCUCACAGACACCUGAGCAGGAAGAAUGGACUUUCCAAACUCUGCCAGAGCAGGAUGGCACUCUCCGAGGACAGGUGGAGUUCCUACUGUCUGUCAUCAUUGGCUGCCCAAAACAUCUGCACAAGCAAAUUGCACUGCUCCACCGCACCUGAGCAUGCAGACCUGGCUGGAUCCAUGGCUAGUACGUCUUGCUGCUCCCUGCUGAGAGGCUUGUCCUCAGGGUGGUCUGCGCCCCUGCUCCCUGCCUAUGUGUACAACCCUAACAAGGCUGUCUUCACUGUGGACGCCAAGACCACAGAGAUCCUGGUUGCCAACGACAAUGCUUGCAGGCUCCUGGGAUACAGCAGCCAUGACCUGAUUGGCCAGAAGCUCAUGCAGUUCUUCCUCAAAUCAGAUUCUGCCAUGAUGGAAGCCCUCAGUGAGGAGCACGUGGAGGCGGAUGGCCACGCAGCGGUGGUGUUUGGCACAGUGGUGGAUGUCAUCAGCCGUACUGGGGAGAAGAUUCCAGUCUCUGUGUGGAUGAAGAGGAUGCAGCAAGAGCGUGGCCUGUGCUGCGUGGUGGUUCUGGAGCCCGUGGAGAGGAUCUCCGCAUGGGUUGCUUUCCAGAGUGAUGGAACCAUCGCGUCCUGUGACAGUCACUUUGCUCAUCUCCAUGGGUUUGCUUCUGGGGAGGACGUGGUAGGGCAGCACAUCACAGACCUGAUCCCGUCCUUACAGCUUCCUCCUCCUGACCAGCAAAUUCCAAAGAGCCUCAAGAUCCAGCGGUUGGUGGGGAGGGCCAGGGAUGGCACCACCUUCCCACUGAGUCUGAAGCUAAAAGCCAGGCCCAGCAGUGAAGCAGCGGCUGAGGACAAGGUGGCCCAGGGCCUGGGUUACCACGCGUCAGUCUGGGUGUUCUGCACCAUCAGUGGCCUUGUCACCCUCCUGCCAGAUGGCACCAUCUAUGGCAUCAACCACAGCUUUGCGCUCAUGCUGUUUGGCUAUGGAAAGACGGAGCUCCUGGGCAAGAAUAUCACUUUCCUGAUUCCUGGCUUUUAUCACUACAUGGACCUUGCCUAUGACAGUUCUAUACACCUGCCAGAUCUGACCAACUGCUUGGACAUUGGCAACGAGAGUGGGCCUGUGGAGUCAGGCUUGGACCUGGCCAGUGGUACCCAAAAUCCAAGGGACAAUGUGGUGCUUGAUCAGGACCAUGUGCUCCCCCAAGAGGAAACUCUGAAGCUGGUGGAUAGACAAGAAGUCCCUGCCAAGACUCAGAUGCAGAUGGAGACUAUGUGUCAGCCUUCCUCCCGUUCCUCUGAGCCCUCCUUGAGGGGGGACAGUGUUCCAGAGGAUAGCCUCCCGGCCUACAGUGGACAGUCAUCACCCUACCAGCAACAAGACCUACCAGCGGGAAGUCCUCCAGUCCAUACUGAACAGACAGUAUCUGAGAAACAACAAGAAAGCCCACCACCCCAAGACGAGGGUGUGUUGCCUGAGGAGCAGCGAGAUACCCCAGAAGGAGGCCCGCUAGCCCACAGUGACCAGCUGUCGCCUGUGGAGCAGCACAUCCCCAUCCCGGGCAAGGAGAAUCCAGUGGAGGCAGAGAUCUCCAGGCAAGUGCUUCUGGGAGAAAGCAGAUCUCAACCAGUGGAUGCAAAACUGUUUGCUUCUCGUGCAGAUUCAGAGCCUCUGCUCUUGGCAGAGGACAGAAGCAGCAGCGUGGACUUGUGUGGUCUGCGUCAGGAAGCUCAGUGGGAGCUUCUGGGAAUCAGCAAUCCCAGUAGCCCCAACGCUUGGGCUGAUGCAACCAUGCCUGAGCCUCAUGCUACAGGACAGCCGGCAGGAGGGGGCUUCCCCAUGCACUGUCCUCGGUACGCAAGUGAGUGGGUCCUGCAGCAGCGAGCUCAGGACUUGGUCCCCAACCCCCCCGGAAUGGCAGGUGUCUCUCUCAGGGAGCCAACUCUAGAUGAGCAGUGGCUAGGAGUGAAGAAUGACCGAGAAGAGCUACAGACUUGCUUAAUUAAAGAGCAGCUGUCUAAGUCGAGCUUUGCGGGCACACUGGGCAUCUCCUAUAUGGAGCUUGUUCCUGCUGAGCACCCACCCUUUGCUACUCCUGUGUCCUUCUGUGAUCUUGGAGGCACAGACCUCCACAGCAGCCACCUGGGCAGCUCCUCGGCCUGCUAUGCCUUGGCCACCGAUCUCCCUGGCGUCCUGGAGGCCGUGGAGUCCCAGGAGGACAAUGUGAAUUCUUAUUCCUGGAAUCUCAAGGAACUCUUUCUCAGUGACCAGACAGAGCGUACUUCAUCGAAUUGUUCUUGUGCUACUUCUGAGCUCAGUGGGACACCCUCUCCUUCGGUGGUGGGAUCUGAUUUAGACAUGAAUGGUCUCCACAGGCAUAGCGCAGGUACUCUGGGCGACCGAGAGCUGUUGCUACUGACUGGCACCUACUCCAACCUUAGCGAAGGCCAACUGGACCCACAAAGCCUGGAACGCAAUCCAGCAGAACCGUCUGAGAUUUCCUUAGAGCCUACCAAAUACUAUAAAGCUAGUGACCGAGAAAGCUCCGGCUGCCUCCUUGGUAUACCAGACACCAGUCCAGACGCCAAGUGCCCCGUAGUGGAGGAGCCCAGGCUGAGUGCCCAGGUCACCUCAACCCCCAUGACCUCCGGGGCUGCCGACCUGAAGCCCGAGAUCCAGGAGGGCACCUACCUGGGGAGCUGCUUCCACCGGGAUGGCCUGCGACUGAGUAUACAGUUUGAAGUGAAGCGGGUGGAGCUCCAGGGCUCUGCAACUCUGUUCUGCUGCUGGCUAGUGAAGGACCUCCUGCAGAGCCACCAGGAUUCUGCCACCAGGACCCGCCUGCUCCUUGCCAGUCUGCCCGGCUCCACGCACUCCAUCCAUGAUCUCUCCCGAUCCAGCCCCGGAGAGGUGCUCAGAGCCAAGCCUUGGUUUGAGGACCCUCCAAUGCCUGCAGAGCUGGAGGGGCUGGCGGCCUGUGAGGGCGAGUACUCCCAUAAAUACCACACCCUCAGUCCACUUGGGAGCGGGGCCUUCGGCUUUGUGUGGACCGCCAUGGAUAAGGAGCAAAACAAAGAGGUGGUGGUGAAGUUUAUUAAAAAGGAGAAGGUUUUAGAGGAUUGUUGGAUUGAGGAUCCCAAACUUGGGAAAGUUACUUUAGAGAUUGCCAUUCUCUCCAGGGUGGAGCAUGCCAACAUCAUUAAGGUAUUGGAUGUAUUUGAAAACCAAGGGUUCUUCCAGUUAGUGAUGGAGAAGCAUGGCUCUGGCUUGGACCUCUUUGCCUUCAUCGACCGCCAUCCCAACCUGGACGAGCCCCUGGCAAGCUAUAUCUUCCGACAAUUGGUGUCGGCUGUGGGGUACCUGCGUGCACAGGGCAUCAUUCACCGCGACAUCAAGGAUGAGAACAUUGUCAUCGCCGAGGACUUCACCAUCAAGCUCAUCGACUUUGGUUCUGCUGCCUACCUGGAAAGGGGCAAAUUAUUUUAUACUUUCUGUGGAACGAUCGAGUACUGUGCCCCUGAAGUUCUCAUGGGGAAUCCCUACAGAGGGCCAGAGCUGGAGAUGUGGUCCCUGGGUGUGACUCUGUACACGCUGAUCUUUGAGGAGAACCCCUUCUGUGAGGUGGAGGAGACAAUGGAGGCCACUUUGCAUCCCCCGUACCUGGUAUCUCAAGAACUCAUGAACCUCGUGUCUGGGCUGUUGCAGCCUUCCCCUGAGAUGCGCACCACCCUGGAGAAGCUGGUGCAAGACCCGUGGGUGACACAGCCUGUGAACCUCGCUGACUACACGUGGGAAGAGGUGUGUCGGAUCAGCAAGCCAGAGGCUAGCAACCUAUGCACCUCAACUCUGGAGGCUGGGUACAGGAGCCCUGGGGAAGGGCCUUGCCCUGCAAGGCUGCCCAGGGCGCCAUCUGGCGGUCAGCACAGCUUGGGGCCUGAGGAACCCUCUCCACCCAUUGGCUGAACCCAAGGGUCCUCCAGUUCUCUACUCAGAGUGGACAGUUAUGCGGACUUGAGGCCCCUUCCACCCAGAGAAAGAAAUCUCUCAAGAAUUGGGCCCAAAUCAUCAUAAAACACCCAUGUGGAAGUUUGAUAAGUGAUAGAAUAAAAUCUGGUGAUACUAUAUUUUUUAAGUGAAUAAAAUAGACUUGGAAUUCUUGAUUAUUGUGACCUUGGAAAAAAACAUUCUAGUGUUCCUGUUGAAUUACUUUGUACUAUUAAAGGGCUUUAACUUGA